AUGGGCGCCACCCCAUUCCACCGAUCUAUCCUCGAAGUCCGGUUGUCGAAACACUUCGACAAACCGACGGACAUGAGGUACGACGGAACUCAAGACCCUCUAGAACACCUCACGGCCUUCGAGGCCAGGAUGAAUCUGGAGGGAGUAGGGGACGAGGUAAGAUGCCGUGCCUUCCCAGUAACCUUAGCGGGACCCGCGAUCAGAGACAAGGAGAGCCGACCAGGAGGUACCUGGAUCGGUUACCUAGAUCGGUUCAACGAUGAAUGCUUGGAAAUCGAUGGCCUAACCGAUUCGGUGGCCAGUCUUUGCCUGACGAACGGCCUCCUCAACGAGAACUUCCGAAAACAUCUUACCACGAAACCGGUUUGGACGAUGCACGAGAUCCAGACGGUAGCCAAAGAGUACAUAAAUGACGAGGAAGUCAGCCGAGUUGUGGCUGCCAACAAACGGCAGUCCAGCUACAAUCAACCCCGGCAACAGGGCAACGGGGAAAGGCUAAAGGAACAAACCAGGGAAGAGGCGCCAAACAAGGCACCAAGGACAUACCCCCGAGUCGGGAAAUUCACCAACUACACUCCGCUCACUCUUCCCAUCGUGGAAGUUUACCAACAAAUAGCCGAGAAAGGAAUCCUGCCGAAGCCCCGACCACUCAAGGACCGCACUGGGGGGAACAAAAACCUCUAUUGCGAUUACCACAAAGGCUACGGUUACCUAACGCAGGACUGUUUUGACCUAAAAGAUGCACUAGAACAAGCGAUAAGGGAAGGUAAACUAGCAGCAUUAUCCCACCUAAUCAGGGAGCCAAGGAGACGUUAUCGCGACCAAGACGAAGAAGGCAAAACCCGUUCAGCAAAGCAGCGACAAGAGCCAGAAGACGGAAAUCACGGCCUCACUGUGAUAAACGUGGUGACGGCCAAAAAUGCCGCACCAAGAUCCAGAUCGGCACACAAGAAAGACGCAAAGAUAUUGUCGAUCUCCUCCUCGUCGAUGCGAAACUCUAAGAAGCCUCCAUCCAUUUCUUUCGGCCCGGAAGACCAAUGGUUCGACGACGCCCCGGAAAAUCCACCCAUGGUCAUCACGGCCAGAGUGGGAACCGGUCUCGUCAAAUGCAUCCUUGUUGACACGGGGGCGGACUUGAACAUCAUGUUUCGCAAUGUAUUCGACGCACUGGGACUAAGGGACGCCGAUUUGACGACUCACUAA